AUGUCGGUCGGCGGGGGCGGGUGGUCGCGGGCGGUGGAGCGGCGGUCGGGGGCGGCGCUGGUGCUGGCGCAGGGCGGUGGGGGCGGGCCGGGGGCGGUGGUGUGGGACGCGGCGCUGGUGCUGGCCAAGUUCCUGGAGCGCGGCCGCCCCGCGCUGCGCCGCCGGGCCGUGCUGGAGCUGGGCGCGGGCACCGGCGCCGUCGGCAUCAUGGCCGCCUCACUCGGGGCCGACGUCACGGUCACCGACCUCGAGGAGCUCCAGGACUUGCUGAAGUUGAAUAUCGAGACCAACAAGCAUCUUCUCACAGGCUCGAUUCAAGCCAAGGUACUGAAAUGGGGUGAAGAUGUAACGGCAUUUCUGCCUCCCCCAGAUUACAUCCUGAUGGCCGACUGCAUUUACUACGAAGAGUCAUUGGAGCCAUUACUGAAGACCCUGAAAGACCUUUCAGGUCCUGAUACCUGUAUUAUAUGCUGUUAUGAGCAAAGAACUAUGGGUAAAAACCCUGAAAUAGAGAGAAAAUACUUUGAGCUGCUUCAGAUGGACUUCGAGUUGGAAGAGAUUCCCCUGGAACAGCAUGAUGAGGAGUAUCGGAGCGAAGACAUUCUUAUCUUGAACAUCCGAAGGAAAAAACAGGAAACCUAGCAGAUUUUAAUUAAUAGAAAUCUCUUCUAUCAACAUAAAAAGAAGCUACCUCCCUCGAAACCUCUCUCCAAACUGUCCUGUGUUGUGAUGUCUACAGAACAUUUGGGCUGCUAAAACUCUGCAUUGUUUCAUAGCUGCUUUGUACUUCCCUCAUCUGUUGGUAUCUCUUUGUUCUUAUGUGUAGAUUCUGAGCUCUUUCAGGCGGGGACCAACUUUUUGUUCUGUAUGUGGACAGUGGGGUUCUGGUCCUUGAUCCAUGUUAUUGACUUGUAUCCGUACAGUGCUUUGUAUCUCUCCAACUAUCUGCAUCCAUUUUCACACAUUCCAGUGCCUACCCUAGUUUUGAUGCUAUCCAUCAGAUCUCUGAAAACUUGUUAGCAUUGGCUAGAUUUGUGUUUUAGGCCUGAAUAAUAUAACAGACAUUUUGUACUUGAAGAGUAAUUUUUUUCUGGUUGUCAUGACAGAAUAGAUACAUAUCUAGCAUUUGAAAACAAAUGGGCCAUUGAAAAGCUGUGUGUUUUAAAAUCUUUUUACAUAAUUUUUCAUCACGAGAUCUUUGACCAGGUUAUCUGAUUUCUCUGGCAACCAGCUAGAGCUCUGGAGAGAAGAGAGAGAUUAUAAAAUAACACCACAAAGCAACUGUCUCCAAAGCUGUCUGUGACUUAUCUACAGAAGGAGGGUUUGGUGUAAGGUGUAAAGAGAAACUGGGUCAGUCAGGACAGAUCCAUAGACAGCAGCCUCCUAAGAAGACAGCCAUGAUCUCUUGAUACUGAGAGUGGCCUCACCAUGAGAGAGUCUGAAAUAGGACUUGUGUUUAACUUGACUGAUGAUGUCUUUUGUUACAUGUAUGAGACAGCGGCUUAGCUGAGAGUGCUGCGUUGGUGGUAUAUGACAUGCUGAGUCCAAAAAACAGAUUCAGGGGUUCUGUAAAGAAGCCUGCCAGAGGGGGAGAGCAUGCAGGAACCCACUUUUCCCAAGAGGGAAAUUCUUUGUCAAGACUGAGGUCCACUGUAAAACAAUCUCAAAUAUCUGUGUAUACUGCUCAAUAAAGUAUUUCUCUCAUGGUGGGCCCAGGUUGGGCUCCGUGCUGCACUUAA